UUCGACUGCUGCCCUAGGGUUUCACAUCCAUGGGAAUUUGUCAUGCGAAGGUGAUCGCAAACCCUAAGGCGAAAUGCGAGGAAAUUACCGAUUCACAAACCAGAAAUUCCCCUUCUAAUUUGCCGUUCUUCACUCCAAGUCCUCUGUCGAGCGUCUUCAAGAACUCACCAUCAGGUGGUACAAAGCGACGUUCCCGUUCACGUUCUCGGCCGUUUCCACCGCCGUCGCCGGCAAAACACAUAAAGGAACUGCUCGCCCGACGCCAUGGCUCUGGUAAGCCGAAUCAGGCGGCGAUUCCUGAAAAUAACGACGGCGACGGCGAUGGCGACGGGGAGGUUGUGGAAUUGAAUAAGGAAUUUGGAUAUUCCAAGGAAUUUGUGGGGAAUUUUGAGAUUGGGGAAGAAGUAGGGCGCGGCCAUUUUGGGUUUACUUGCAAAGCUAAAGCGAAGAAGGGAAAUCUCAAGGGUCGGAAUGUUGCUGUGAAGAUCAUCGCUAAAUCUAAGAUGACGACAGCGAUAGCCGUCAAAGACGUAAAAAGGGAAGUGAAAAUAUUGCGGGCUUUGAAUGGACAUAAGAACUUGGUGCAGUUCCAUGGAGCGUUUGAAGAUGACACAAACGUUUACAUAAUUAUGGAGUUAUGCGAAGGCGGUGAACUACUCGAUCGGAUGCUUUCAAGGGGUGGAAUAUACUCAGAAGAAGAUGCUAAGAUUGUCAUGGUUCAGAUUUUAAGCGCGGUCGCCUUCUGUCAUCUCCAAGGCAUCGUCCACCGUGAUCUCAAGCCAGAGAAUUUUCUUUUCACAACAAAGGAGGAAAAUUCAACACUAAAGGUUAUUGACUUCGGACUCUCGGAAUAUGUAAAUCCAGAUGAGAAACUGAAUGAUAUAGUUGGCAGUGCAUAUUAUGUAGCUCCUGAAGUCCUGAAUAGAUCAUAUGGGACCGAAGCCGACAUGUGGAGUAUCGGUGUGAUUGCCUAUAUUCUUUUAUGUGGAAGCAGGCCUUUUUGGGACAGGACCGAAUCUGGUAUAUUUCGAACCGUGUUAAGGGAAGAACCGAGCUUCGACGAUGAACCUUGGCCAUCUUUAUCUUCAGAUGCAAAAGACUUUGUCCAAGGAUUACUGCAUAAAGACCAACAUAAAAGAUUAACUGCUGCUCAGGCUUUGUGUCAUCCUUGGCUGACAAAUCAUCCUGAUGCCAAGAUUCCAUUGGAUAUGAUAGUUUAUAAGCUUGUUAGAGCAUAUAUCUACUCAUCGUCUUUGCGUAAAUUAGCGUUAAACGCUCUUGCAAAGACAUUAUCCUUCGUGCAGCUCGCUUAUCUUCGAGAACAAUUCGAUCUCUUAGGUCCGAACAAAAACGGGUUCAUCUCUUUACAGAACUUUAAGACGGCUUUGAUGAAAGCUUCGACUGAUGCAAUGAACGAUUCGGGGGUGAUAGAGUACGUUGACAUGGUGAGUUCCUCACAGUAUAAAAGGUUGGAUUUUGAAGAAUUUAGUGCAGCUGCCAUAAGUGUGCAUCAGUUAAAAGGUAUUGAAAGUUGGGAACAACAUGCAAGAUAUGCUUAUGACCUUUUUGAGGAGUAUGGAAACAGACCAAUUAUGAUAGAGGAACUUGCCUCAGAACUCGGAUUGGCGCCAUCUGUCCCGCUUCACGUGGUUCUUAAAGAUUGGUUAAGACCCUCAGAUGGGAAACUUAGUUUCAUGGGAUUCAUCAAACUUUUGAGUGGAGUCCCCUCUUGUACAAACAAGAAGACUUGACAUUAAUUCAAAGCUGUUCUACCUAUUACUCCUUGAUCCAAAAUGGCCAAGGAGAUGAUACGAAACCCGACUCGAGCAGCGUUGAGAAGUUCGUUACUUUUUCUUGAUCAGAGAUUAUCUUCAUCGAAUAUAUACUUCAUACACAUACAGUGAGAGACAAGAAAAUUUUUCCUUUCAUAUUCAAACAAUUCUCUCUUUUUUGGUGAGUUCAAAUUAAGAUGAUUGUAUAGACUUUUGUGUAGCAUGUCUGUUUGAAGUAACUUAAAAUCUGUUUAAGCUUUGACUGAAGUCUUUGAUGUUCAAGGAUUUCCAUUUGUUGGCUAUGCAAUGCUCUGUAACUUAAUAUAGUCAUUUUUUUUGGGGACAA